GGAAGUUAGUUCCCUCCCAACGAUACAGUUUCUUACUUUAUAUCGACAUUUUGUUUUACUAAUACAUGUCUUUGUUAUUAAUAUUCUAUAUUUGUUGACAAGGAUACAAAAUACAUGGCAUUUUUUUGAAGUUCUAUAAGUGAAAAGACUGGCGGAGGGAUCUUACGCACUGGCUCUCGUUUGGAGCGAGAUUUGAAUUGCUCUCGGAUUUUAUCGUUUGUAUUCUUAACCUCAAACAUGUAUUGAGAUGUUUUUUAUUUUUUUAUAACACAGUUAGCAAUACAUGUGUUUUCCAUUUUUGUAUUGUUAUAAAUACACGCAGGAGACAUCACUAUUAUUUGCCAGAUGGCUACCUUGGAAAAUAACACUGCUAGCACUGAUGGAGAUCAGAAGGAGAACAUGUUGACCCCCUCAAAAUUGGACUCUCAUCCGGUUUUAAAUGACACCACCGCCCCCAUGAUGUUCUCCAACCUCACGCCUAGUCAGUUUGGCAUCUCUGUCCACAGCUUUACUCCUACGUCAUUACCAAACCACAAAGAUAAGUCUCGUCUGGCACAAAUGAAGGCUAGGCGGAGGUCCUCCGUUGGUGUCCGAGGCUCCCCAGAGACCAACUCCCUGAUCCGCUUCAUUGCACAGCAGAGGAUGAAGACUCCGCUAGGCUCCAGAACUCCAGAGCCCGUCAGGAGUGGGCCUUUACUUCCCCGAGUGAACGCCACACUGAGGCAGAAGAUGGCCUCCUUCCAGAGCCUGAUGGAUAUGGAGGAGAGUGUGAUCUGUGAUCCCGUGCCAAAGCAGGACAGCAACACUGGAGGAUGCAUCAAGACAAGAGAUUAUCUGUCUGAUGGGAACAGCCCUUAUGAAGGGAAGGAGAACCACCACCCAGUGACGCCACCCAGCAAGAGCAGGUGCCUGGGGCCCCUGCAGGGCUGCGGGAUGGAGUUUAGAGAGGCUCAUACCCUCCCCUUCAGUUUGAAGGAGCAGGAGGAGAAGGAAGAAACAGGGACGCUGACACCCAGUGAAACUGUGCACGAGGCCCACGCUCUGCUUGUAUCCCAAAACCUUCACGAUGACUUUGAGAUCCUCGCCUGUUCCCAUGCUAAGAACCAACAGGACGGGGUCUUUGAACUCCAAAGCUCUGGUCAGACACCACCUGAUGAAGCUUCAGCCGCUUCUCCAUCCCUGCCUUUCUCCCCCUUCUCCCUCCCCUCUCUGCAGGAGAUGAAGCCCCCAGGAGAGGAUGCGUUUAAGACAAAGAAGAAAAGUGUGCGCUUUGGAUGUCCGCUCUCUCCUGAGUUCUUUGAUAAGGCGCUGCCCCCCAGCACCCCGUUAAAGAAGGGGUCCACCCCAGCCCGAGCCCCCACACCUCGGUGGAGCUUACACCCGCGCUCGGUGCUGAAGACCCCGCAGAGGAUCGAAUCCCAAACGCCACAAACUCAGCGGGACCUCAGCAGCCCCACGGAUUUCGGAGCCUCGCCGACACUCGCCAUACCUCGCAACCGCAGAGUGCCGUCGGUGGAAGAAGACCCUCAGGAGGAGGAGGAGGGAGGAAAGAUCGUUUUCCCUUCAAUGGAGGAUAUUGACGCUGAAGUAACAGAAGAUACAGAGAGGACGUGGGACCAACAGCCGCUAACGUUAGACACUGCUUUCCACGAGGAGUGUCUCUCUAACAGUCUGACAGAGAUUGAAGCUUCUCUCUGCACACCCUCCCUGACGGAUGCUGGGGACGAGCCUUCAUCACUGCCAGAGGAGGAGAAGCAACCUGAAGCAGAACCUGAAGCUCCGACCAAGUCUAGAAAACAAAGGAAAAAGCAGCCAGCAGCAGACCCUGCAGCCGGCAGCGAGGCUCCCUGUCGCUCCACCAAGAGAAAGAGAAAGCAGCCCGAGGAGAUGGUGCCCGCGAUGAGGCCGACGCGCUCCGCUGCCAAGUCAGCCGUGGGGAAGAUGAAGGUAGCGACUCGGCGGAGGUGGAGCAGAGACGUGGACCGCUCCAGGUACGGCCUCCGCGUGUACGUCUGCAAAAAACCCAACCUGAGUCCCAUCGCAGAGAAGCCGUCCCCCCCCAGACUGACUCUAACUACACAGAGGGAGAGGAGCAGUGGACCGAAGAAGAUGAAGGUCAGUUGUGCUGACGACUUCCUGCUCAUUAACCAGACUGAAGGAACCACAGAGGAGCUGCGUGAAGUCGAACACACUACAAACCAUGAAGUAUCCAGGGAGACCCCGGUACCAGAGGAAGAAGUAGACGCUGAACAAAACCUCCACACUCUUGCACAGACUCCCUGCACAGACUCUGAGGGAAAGUUAGAAAAUCAUGGCAGUGUCGACGCUCCAAACUCAGGGGGAGGGUCUCACAAGACUUUGGCGGUUCAGAGGAAAACCUCUCGGGGCAGGAGGAGCUCUCGAAACAUCUGUGUGAAGAUGGAGCAGGCAGAGCCGCUUCAAACGCUCCCUGACGAGGAGGCGCCGGAACAGGAAGACAACAUCCGGUCCAGCUCCGACAGCCAGGAGGAGGGGGCGGUGGCCCCCCUUGACCUGGCCCCCUGGGAGGAUUACGUAUAUUUUGAGGAUGUGUUCAAACCUGUGGCCAGCAGAGGGCGCCGCUCGGUGCGCCGGAGCAUGAGGAACCAGAGAGGCGUGAAGCAGGACAGCUCAGCGGGGGGGAUGGCCUGGGUCCCCCACACCUCCCCUGAGAGCCUGAAAGAGUCCCGCAGGAAGAACAGGGGCCAUGGGCUCAGGGUUCCCCCCCUGACCCCCCCUCUCAGAAACCUGCGCUCCUUGAAGAACGCUCAUCAAAACUAACAUCCAUCACACAUUCAUGCAUAACCCCCCCCCCCCCCUGUUUCCUCCAGA